AUGCAAUACUACGAGUAAGACAUUGAAGAUGAAAUAUCGGAUACUUCAUAAGACGAUUCUCCAUUAAAGCGAUGCAUGACAGCUCCUGCUGGGCCUUUGACAGAGUUUGAAGAAUUUAAAAGAUCACCAGAAUACGAUCUCUUGGAAAAGGCAUACAGACUAUCGAGUUAACUUGUUUAGAGAGAUUUUCAUAAAUAUGAUCUAGACAAUCCUGAAGGAUAGAAAUAAUGCAAAAAGUUUUUAUAAAAUCUCGAAAAAAUGUGUGAAGUUUAUUAGGUUAAGGUUGAAUCUCGUGAAUAUAGGAAUCAUUUUUCAAAAGCCUAUAAAAUCUUAUAUACAUAGAAUAAAUUGUGUUACUUGACUGAAAUUCUCGAUAGUGCUCAAGAAGGGUUUCCUUAUUUGUGGGUAAACUCUGAGAAAUAUUCGUUCACUCUUGAAGUUUUGGAAGCCGGAAUAAAGUUAGUCGAUGCCUUUUAUAAAGUGUAGCAUGCCAUCAGACAUCUCUACACAAACACCCUUUAAGAGAGUCCAGAUUUCUAAAGGUCUAAUUUGAUACUAGAGAUUUAAUAUUUGUUAGAAAAUUUUGAUGAUAUAUGGGUGCAAUUCGAGAAGUUAUAUGUGAAGGAAUUGAUGGAGAUAGAGGGGAAGGCGCGAAGAUUUAUAUUAUAGGCCAUUUAGAUAGAUAAGGAGAUGCAAUCAAUAGAAAUAAGAGAAAAACUAAGAGGAAAGAUUUUGGUGACGAGUGAAAGCUACUUACAAUUAAAAACAGCAUUUUGCAAAGUGUUAGCUUAGAUUAAUUCAGUGGCAAAUGUGGAAGGCAAGGGAAGAGAUGAUUUAGGAGUGAAUAUUUUAUUGGAAGCGGAGGGCAUAACAAGAAGAGUGACUUAAGAAUAAUCCAAGGCUGUAAGGAGAUUAGCUGAUAGUAUAAAAAUGAAUUUUAAAAAGUUUAGAGAGUAGAUGCGGAAAUAUGAGGAGAAUAUUGAGAUGGUGGAUCCGUAGUUGAAGAAUAAUAGUGAAUUAGUAGAGUUAUUGGUUGAAUAUGAGACGCAAUGGGAGAAGGGUUUGCAUUACUUAUUGGAGCCAAGAAAAUAUAUUCAAUUGAUGCUAUUUUCUCAUAUCAUUGAGACCACAGCUGAGAAGCACAUUCAAUUUGCAGAAUAGUUGGAAUGCAGAGAUAGUGAUAUCUUUGUUACCAUUCCAUGUUUGAUCGUAUUGAAACAUUUGGAAAAUGAAGACAAGAAUAUUUGCAAGUAUUUUCUGCCUAUGUUGGAUGAUGAGAAUUCAAAAUUGUAUUCAUAAUUUGAACAGUUAAGAUAAGACUUUAUGAAUUUUCGAGACUAGCAUGCAAAAUAAUACGAAUACUAUAACUUGAUUGAGAAGAAAUUGCUAGGCAUUGGACAAAAUGAUAUUUGUGAAUAAGUAAACGUAUAGAUAGAUAGAAUAAUGCAAAAGAUAAGAUUAUUAUCAAUAGAAAUCUAAAGAUAUAAUGCCAUCGAAUGGAAUCUAUUUAUUGAUGCUGCGAUUAAUACUUGA